CCCAGUUAGUAGUCUUGUUCCACCUAUAUGUCUAGUCUACACAUUUUUCUUUUCUCUAUAGUUUAAUUUCCGACCGUUCUAGCUCUACUUAUCUCUUUGGUUUACUCUCGUUUCCUGGAUACGGUUGGCGCACCAAAAACCCGGAAGUACCCGGUUGUUUGAGUACUCGGUUGACAGGAGGAAACUGUAUUGAGUUGUGGGAGCCCAUGUUGACUUCCAUAGAUUGUUAUUCUCGUUCACCUUAAUUAAUGUGCCGAGCCUGCAUGUAACAAGGACACGUCACCUGCCCCUUAUUACUGGGGAUCAUGGCAGCUAUCAUAGGACACGUCAACUGCCAACAGUGCACUGUAGCUACAAAUAUCUGCCCGUUCUGAACCGGGCCUGGCACCGCUGUUUUAAUCCGGUGUUGUAUUGCCCCUAUUUAAGGGCAGAGAUAUUGUUAUGAUUAGACAUUUUCUAAGACUUUGAAAUUCUUAUACGCUACUUGUAACCACUUUCUGCUCAGGUUAUAUGACCCUGUAACCCGUUGGUCUAAGAAGAGCUAACUCCUAUCUUGGAUUAUUUAUUACACAUUCCUUACUCUCAGGGUCGUGGAAUCAAUCUCCCUUUUUUUAAAAUAAAGUUCACGUUAUAAAUAGGUGAUGGUUCUCGAAAUUUUGUAACAUUUAAAUCAUCACUUUAUAUUCACUUAUCUUUAUAUUUUAUGUCUAAGAGCACAGCUUUUUCUUGGCUGAUUUACAAAACUUAAACAAUUUUUGUUGAUAUUCUCUCUAGAGCUGACCCUUCUCUGAGUCACUGUGUUUUUUGCAACCUUAGUUAAAAUUAAUUUUACUGUAUUUUUACUCAGCUUUGUUUUUUACAAAUUCAAGAGACCAAAGUGUUUUUUUUUUUGUUUUGUUUUUUACACAUUUUUAUAUUUUUCUGACACUGUUCAAACCAAAUCCAGGAAACAUGGCAGCCUCCAACUGGGGACUCAUUAUGAACAUAGUUAAUAGCAUUGUGGGAGUGAGUGUCCUUACUAUGCCGUUCUGUUUUAAUCAGUGUGGUAUAGUUCUUGGCACCCUGCUACUCAUGUUGUGUGCCUGGAUGACCCAUCAGUCCUGUAUGUUCCUGGUGAAAUCAGCUAGUGUUAGCAAACGGCGGACGUACGCUGGCCUUGCUUUCCACGCUUAUGGAAAAGCCGGGAAAAUGUUGGUGGAAACCAGCAUGAUUGGGCUGAUGCUUGGGACCUGCAUCGCAUUCUAUGUUGUGAUCGGAGACCUAGGUUCCUCGUUCUUUGCCCGGCUGCUUGGGCUUCAGAUGAGCGAGAACUUCCGUGUGUUCCUUCUCUUUGCUGUUUCAUUAUGCAUAGUCCUUCCACUCAGUCUCCAACGCAACAUGAUGGCAUCUAUCCAGUCGUUUAGUGCAAUGGCUCUCAUCUUCUACACUGUUUUUAUGUUUGUGAUUGUGCUAUCUUCCUUCAAACAUGGCCUCUUCAGUGGUCAGUGGAUGGAACAUGUUAGUUAUGUCCGCUGGGAGGGCCUCUUCCGCUGCGUGCCUAUCUUUGGCAUGUCUUUUGCCUGCCAAUCCCAAGUCCUGCCCACCUAUGACAUCCUUGACGAGCCUUCCGUUAAAAUAAUGAGCUCCAUCUUUGCUUCUUCACUAAAUGUGGUUACAACUUUCUAUGUGACGGUUGGUUUCUUUGGCUAUGUCAGUUUUACUGAAUCCAUUGCUGGGAAUGUGCUUGUGAACUUUCCCUCCAACUUAGUGACAGAGAUGAUCCGUGUGGGAUUCAUGAUGUCAGUAGCAGUUGGUUUUCCAAUGAUGAUUCUGCCUUGCAGACAAGCCCUGAACACACUACUUUUUGAGCAGCAGCAAAAAGAUGGUACUUUUACAGCUGGAGGGUACAUGCCACCAUUGCGCUUUAAAGUCCUCACUUUGACUGUGGUGUUUGGCACAAUGCUGGGUGGAAUACUUAUACCAAAUGUGGAAACUAUCUUGGGUGUGACUGGAGCAACUAUGGGUAGUCUCAUCUGUUUCAUAUGUCCAGCUCUCAUCUACAAGAAAGUACACAAAAAGGGUCUGACUUCACAGUUUAUCCUUGGAGUAGGCCUUGUGAUACUGAUCAUCAGUACGUACACCACCGUCAUAGUGAAAGAAGAUGCCCCAGUGCAAGGCAAGAAUGCACCAGUGGAGAGAGAGAAGCUGAAUGAAGGAAAACUAGACCUGGACCUUCCCAAAAUAUCAGCCCAGAAACCUAUAGUAGAAGAGCCAGCUGAUGACAGAGACAAACCCAAGGAGCCCCCCAAGAAACUGGAAGUAGAACAACCACAGAUCAAAGGACCAAUUGAUGUUCCACAGAAGGAGGAGGCAAAGGGGAAGCACGAGGAAGUGCAGCUGGACAGGCCUGAUCAAGGCAUUGCUGUACCCAUGGGGGAGGCUCAUAGACAUGAACCUCCAGUGCCAAGAGAUGAGGUAGAUGUAGAUGAAGUGAAAGAUAAAGAAGAUUCUGAUGAGAAGAAGCCCCCAGAGGUCAAGGCUGAUGCUGCACCUAAUGAGAAACUGGAAGAACCUGUACCUAAACCUAAGGAGACGCAUCUUUCCAACAAGGAAGAGGGAGUGCAAGCCCCGCAGGGACAACCCCAGAUGGAGGGAGAGUCCAACAUGAAAGAUAAUGCCCCCAUGAAAGAAGAGAAGGAGGAGCGGCCGCCAUACAAGGACCUAGAGGCUAAAGGCAAAGAUGUGGAAAUUGACAUAGAUCCUAAAAAGAAAUUAGAGGUUACCAGAGACAGAGGUAACCUAAAUCUCCUACAACCUGGCAAUGCAUUGGAGAAACAACUUGUAGAGGGUGAUAAAGUACAGAUUGGAGCAGAUAUUGUGCCAGAGGUGCAAAACGUUGACUUGAAUCCUGGAGAGAACCAAGAAGGAGCUGACAAAGCUGAGCUGCUGGACCACGCAAUCCUUUUGCAAGUUAUUAAAGAGCAACAAGUGCAGCAAAAACGAUUAUUGGACCAACAAGAAAAGUUGUUGGAAGUAAUCAAAGAACAGCACUUGGAAAUUCACCAGCAGAAGGAAGAAGAACAGCAAGAGAAGCCAGAAGAGCAAGUUGCAGAACAGUUAAAGAGUAAAGAGGAGAUGAAGGCAGCUGGGCAGGAGGAUAUACAAGUGGUGCCAGUGGAUCUAGAGAAGGAAGAAAAGACAAAGGAUGCAGCAGAAAAACCUGACUUGCAGAAACUGGCCCCUGCAGUAGAUGUAGCAAAAGGGUCAAACUCUCUUUUGGAGAAUAAUGUGAAGCUUCAGCCACUGGAGAUCAAGAGAAGUGAGGAUCAUUUGGAACCACAGAAAGCAGACCAUCCUGCUGGAGUGGUACAAGUUCCUAGGGAGGAGUCUGAAAUUAAAAAGCAGGCCUCUCAGGAAUUGAUUAAUAAACAAGUAGAUAUCCAGGCAGCUGGAGACAACCAAGUACAGCAGAAAGAUAACGUACAAAGUGAAGAUAAGGACAAGGGAAUACAAUCAAAAGCUGAGUUUGUCAAACCAAUAGCAACGAGUAGACCAAAAGAACCUGUUGCCCCUCAGGAGAUCAAUAAGGUGGAGCAGUUUGCAGCGGAACAGAGAGAGAAAGGCUUGAAAGAAACCGUAAUUCAAUUGCAAAAAGGUGCACCACACAUAGAAAAGAGGCAAGAUAAAGAGGAAGUGGUAGCUCAGAAGGGGAAUAUUCUCAAUGAAGAUCAGGAACAUCAAAAACAAGCACUUAAUCUGCCAGAACAGCAAGGAGAUAGAAAAGAAGCAGAUGCGCUAGAGGUAGCUGUGAAACCAGCAAUAGACAGCCAAGUAGAUGUUGAAGAAGGAAAACAAGUCCAAUUAAAUAAAGUGGCUCCAGAACAUGACCAAGGUAAACAAAACAAGGAUUUAAAACUACAGAAUGAUUUGGACCUUAAGAGGAGAAAGAGAGACGUGGCAGAGGAGAAUGUGGAGGGGGAUGGCGCACAAAUAAUUAGUUUCCAUCCUGUACCCAAUCUUAAGAUGGACAACCUGCGAGGAGCCCUGGAAACUCGGCUCAAUCAGGUAGCAGAAGCAGGCCUACAGGUUAUUCACAGUAGGCAAAUAAAACAGCUGACAGACAAUGAGAAGAAAAGAUGAGUUGUGACCAAGUACAGCUGCUAUAUCUUGAGCACCAUAGCAGCUUGCAGCACAAUGUACUCGUAACUGCAAGGAUGAACAUUUUUUUCCCAUCAAGAACAACUUUAAUUUAUAUCAAUGCAAGUGUGUUGAACUAAUGUAAGCACACCACUGGGUAAGAUGGAGAAUUACAAACAACCAAAAAUCCACAGUAUGAAAUCCAAAAAGAUUCACACAUGUGCAAGCCCCCCUUCAAACUCUUUACUUGUAUAAACUUGCAUACUACUUUACAUGGAAUUUAUUCCUUUUAUAAUUGUCAUAACACAAAUGGCAGACCAUUUGGGGGGACGGGGGGCAUUUGUCAUUUGUGGUUCUAUGUCAAGUUAAUUUAGGAAUAUUUCCUUUUUGAAAGUGUGCAAAUGACAAAUGCCAGCUAACUUGAGGGUUGCAGUUGUAAUAUAUUUAUACAUUUUUUGUUGCAGUGGUUCAUAUAAUCGCAUACAGUGCUGAAGAACAUGUACUAAUAUAAUGUAUUCAAAAGAAAAAACAAAGGAGGCUGCUGCCUCCUAGAUAUUGAACAAAUUUGAGUCAAACAUUAACCUGCUAUUUAAAGUGAUGGUAAAUCCAAGCAUUUAAAAACAAAAACACUAAAAUUUACCAUCACUAAAAAUAAACUGUAGUUAAAUUCAUCAGUUGCUAAACUCUCACUUUCUGCUACAAUCAGCGGCUCAUCUGACAUCCUAGCACUGCUAUUGGUUUAGCGGUGGAAACGUCACCUCAUUGGUAAAGAGCGCUGUGCUGUGGGCAGCCAGAAACUGAGUUUAGCAAUCUACUGCGGCACAAAUAGGGUGAGUUUAGCAUCCUUUUUUAAGCAACUGACGAAUGAAACUACAGUUUAUUUUUAGUGGUACUAUCACUUUAAUUGCUACUUAAAAAUAUGAAAUGGGUCAUUUUUUUUUUUUAAAGUCUCAAGUGCCUAAAGUUCAUAUUUAUACUUAGAUUAGACACCGUAAACCAAUUCUUAUAAUUCAGAAGAUUUAAAAUCGAACCACUCAAGAGUUUUAAUUAGUUUACUUUCCACUGUGAUUACGUAUAAACUUCUUGUCUGCUUUUCUUUCUAUACUAAUAUAAAGAGACAUAUAUACCAAA